UUUGAGGCCUCGGUGUGAUGCGUUUGCCUGCGCAGCCACCAUUGGCCUCGCCCAAAAGCCAGUUUUGCUUGUGUUACGUCUAAGUUCUCGUCGGGUCUUUUUUCAGUCCCUGGCAACCUCUGGAGACUGGCAGAAAAUUAGUACCGUAGCCGUGUUACCGUGUUAUGAUGCCGUCUCGUACCAACCUAGCUACUGGAAUCCCCAGUAGUAAAGUAAAAUACUCACGGCUUUCCAGCACAGAUGAUGGCUACAUUGACCUUCAGUUUAAGAAAAGCCCACCUAAGAUCCCUUAUAAGGCCAUUGCGCUUGCCACGGUGCUGUUUUUGAUUGGAGCUUUUCUCAUUAUCAUAGGCUCCCUCCUGCUGUCGGGAUACAUCAGCAAAGGGGGGGCAGACCGGGCCGUUCCUGUUUUGAUUAUUGGCAUUCUGGUGUUCCUGCCUGGAUUUUACCAUUUGCGCAUCGCCUACUAUGCAUCCAAAGGCUACCGGGGUUACUCCUAUGAUGACAUCCCAGAUUUUGAUGACUAGCAUUCAUCUCACCCCUGAGGAGAAGAGUUCACAGUGUGACUGCAUCCAGCUUUAAGAUAUUGAACAGAAACUAUGGCUAAGCACUGAGGAAUUCUGCGCUUUGCAGAUGUUUAGCAAAACAAUGGCCAGAUUCUAUGAGUCCAUUACAAAAAUUUUCACUAAGCUUACAGUUAGCUAAUUAGGACCUGCUUUGUUCGUCAUCUCCCGGCCCUGGCAAAGCUCAAGUUUUUCCACAUGAAUACGUAUCAUGGAAGAAUAGUAAGGUUAAUUGUCUGGUAAAGCAGGAGAUUAUUCUGUAGUGGAAAAUAUUACCACUACCACCCUCUUUAGAGUAGAACAUCUCUUUUAAAUAAUCUUCAUUGUUGAUUUUUUUUCCUUACAGCAAAUGGAAAAAUGUAGUGUGUCUAAUUUCUUAUUAGUAAGUUAUUUUAAAAAUAUCUUAAGUAUUAUAUCCCCUACAUCUCUACUUUCAUGUUCUGGUGAAAAAAAUGAUAAAAAUCCAUUUAUACUUUUUUUUUUCUUAGCAGCAACCAGGACUUUUUUUAAAUUGCUUAGUAUGUUUUCAAAAUGUUACACACUUUCUCUGAUAACCAAUGCCUGGCCAGCUCUGAACUAAUUUCCUGAUAGGAUGGCCAACAUAAUUUGGAUCAUUCUAUCCGGUGGAGAUCAAGACAUUCUGAGUAUCGUGCCUUUAAGGGCUGGACUUUUAGCUGUUUCUUAAUGAGAAAUGUAGAUGGGUGAUUACUAUUUAGGGUUUAUAACCUUAUUGCUAGCACUUACUACUAUGAUGUCAUUCCGCUAAAGAUUGCAAUAUUUGGCCUACAUUCCUGGAAGAUUAGAUUGCUUUUCAAGUUGAUUCUGUUUCCUACCUUGCAAAAAAAAAGUGACUUUUAUUCAAGAGAAAAUGUCAAAAUCCAAAUCCUAGACUUAAAUGAACUUGAAGCAUGUUUCAAAAAAACAUUUUAGUGAUUAUAUGGUAUCUUUGAUCUUAGUACCAAAGACUUUAUUUUUAGGUAACAUGAUUCAGACUUUCCAGUGAUUCUUGUACUCUGAGAUUGUGGGCUUGGACAGCUAGAGGCCUAGACAUGCCAUUGCUGAUACUUAGAAGGCUGUGAAUAGGACAAGGUUUAAGGGAACAUUAGUUCAUUCUUGCCUGUGUUACACACUCUGGAUGUGUACUCAACAUUCCUGGGGAGCCAUGGAGGAGGCAGAUGCAGUAUAGUACCACUGGACUUUAGGAGUCAGUCUUUGGGCAGUUACCCUCAGAGCCAUGCUGUUGGUUGAAGUCACCAGUGCAGUGAGUAUAUAUGG